UAAACUACGAGUCUACCACACAUAUACUUCUCCAUAGAGAUAAUUAGCUCCAUACAUUAUUUCUACACGCAUCUUCACCCCUCCCCAAACAUGACAAGCUCUUCAACAAUGGAGCUAGUCUUCAUUCCAACACCAGGAAUGGGUCAUCUCCUCUCUACUGUAAACAUGGCUAAACUCAUCCUCCAACGCGACCAUCGCUUUUCCAUCUUCAUCCUCGUAAUCAACUUCCCUAUGUCAUUUUCCACUCUCAGCGCCUUCAUCCAAUCCCAAAAACGUGAAAAUCAGUACCCAACUCGUCUCAUCUUCCACACUUUACCCCCUCUUUCGAAUUCCCCUGACCCAUCUUCUCCAGCCUUCUUUCAGACCUACCUAGACCUCCAAAAACCCCUCAUUAAGCAUGCCAUCGAGGAAAGGAUUCGAUCUGGUUCACCCAAGCUUUCCGGGUUAAUCCUCGAUAUGUUCUGUCUAGACAUGAGUUAUAUUGCCGAUGAAUUUCAAGUCCCUUGGUAUGUGUUUUACACAUCCGGAGCUAACCUUAUGAAUGUACUCUUACAUUUUCAAUCAAUGGCUGAUGAUGAAGGGGUCGAUAUUUUUACUCAGUUCGAGAACCCUGAUACCGAGUUUGUUAUUCCCGGGUUUGUAAACCGACUCAGAGCGAAAAACUUCCCUGCUUCACUCGUCGAUAAAGAACGUGGGUCCACGGUGUCUCUAAAACUAGCGAGAGGAUUGAGAAAAUCUAAGGGUAUUUUGAUUAAUACAUUUGUAGAGCUAGAAACAAUUGGUACAGAUGCUUUGUUUGAUCUUGUAGCUAACGGUAGUAUCCCUCCUGUUUAUCCAGUGGGUCCCAUUUUAGAGCUUGGGAAAAACAGUACAAGUGGGUCCCACCAAGAUUAUAUGUCAAUCAUGAAAUGGCUUGAUGAUCAGCCCUGUUCUUCAGUGGUGUUCCUCUGUUUUGGGAGUAUGGGAAGUUUUGAUGCAGAUCAAGUAAAAGAGAUAGCUAAUGGUUUAGAGAAAUCUGGGUAUCGAUUUUUAUGGUCUCUUCGGAAACCACCUCCGGAGGGUAAAUUUGCAAAGCCAAGUGAGGACGGGACGUUUGAAGAUGCCUUACCUGAAGGCUUUAUGGACCGUACGGCUGAAAGAGGAAAAAUUAUAGGGUGGGCCCCACAAGUGUCGAUAUUAGAGCAUUCUGCUAUUGGUGGGUUUGUGUUGCAUUGUGGAUGGAAUUCGACGUUAGAGAGUUUGUGGUUUGGGGUUCCUAUGGCAACAUGGCCACUUUAUGCUGAGCAACAACUGAAUGCAUUUUCGCUUGUUAAGGAGCUUGGUUUAGCAGUCGAGAUUAGGAUGGAUUAUCGACGUGAUUUUAAGACAUUUAAAGCUAAUUUUCAAGUGAGUGCGGAAGAGGUUGAGUAUGGUGUUAGGAGAUUAAUGUGUAUGGAUGAUGAAGCUAGGAAGAGAGUGAAAGAAAUUCGAGAAAAAAGUAGAAAAGCUUUAGAAGAUGGUGGGUCUUCUUACAAAAGUUUGGGGAUAUUUAUUCAAGAUAUUGUGAGUAAUUGAGAUGACAAUACCAUUUUGUAAUUUGCAUUUUGUUUUGGAACUUACUCUAAAUAAUGGUCAAUAAUGUUAUUGCUAAUUUGCUUGUUUGCUAAUAUAUUGUGUUAUACCCCAUAUAAAUUAAUGAAUUGGUUAAGUACUUAAUUUCGAGUUGUA